UUUUGAUUACCUGUACACCCGACACAUCCGUUUAUAAACAAGAGGUUUCGUUUAUUUCACAUUUUCAGAGAUAAAACUAAUUAAAGAAUGCCAAGAAGUCGAUCUCGAUCGCCAAGAAGAGAAAGAAAAAGAUCAAGAUCUAGAGACAGAGACCGAGAAAGACAUCGUCACAGAAGCAGGUCAAGAUCUCCAAGAAGACGUUCACCAAGAAGAGAGCGAGAGAGACACAGAUCAAGAUCUGCAUCACCUAAAAGUGUUCACAAAAGAGAAAAAGAGAGACAUGACCCAUCUCCACCUAGUACUACUACUACUAGUAGUACUCAUGGAAGCAGUAGUAGCAGUAGUAGACCACCAAAACAGCCUCAAGCUCCAAAAAUAACAGAACAGGAAUUAGAAGGAAUGUCUGAAGAAGAGGUACAGAUGGCCAAGUUAAUGGGAUUCGCAUCAUUUAAUACAACUAAGAAUAAAAAAGUUGAUGGUAACGAUUCUUAUGCUGCCUAUUUACCAAAGAAAAGACGAUAUAGACAGUAUAUGAACAGAAGAGGGGGAUUCAACCGUCCUUUAGAUUUUAUUGCAUGAGGAGUCCUUUAAUUGUACCAGAAGGAAUGCAAAGUCUGGUUCUUUGCUGAAAAAAGGUGCCAAGAUCAUGUAUUAGAGAGAUUUUAUUGUCACUUUUGUUGUAAUACCAUUGAGACUUUUUUAAAUAUUGGAAAUAAUUUCAGUUUUGUUCAGUUGGAAUUAUGAACCCAUUUAUUUUUAAAUGAAUUUGUUAAAAUCAUACAAAAAUUUGCCAGUCAUUUUAUUUAAAUCUUUUUUAUUGAAAAAAGGUGUUGAAUACUAAUUGUUUGUUUAUAUACAUAAAGAAUUUUGGUUACCGUUUUUUUUUUUUUAUAUAAAUGUAAAGUUUGUACAUACUUUACUAGAAAAUACAUUUCAUUGUAAGUGCAGAAAUACAAUGGGCUUUAUCAUAAUUUUAUUUGUUAAAAGUUAUGUGUGUAUAUGUUAUGAACAAGUUGUAGUUUUUUGUACACAUUAUAAUUGAAUUGAAUAUUUGUAAAAGUUGUUAUAAUUUUGUGAACCUUUUUAACAUGAUUGGAUAACACAACCAGGUUAUCUUAUUUUACUUAGUAAAUAUUUACAAGACUUCAUGCUACAGCCUUAUACAUAUAUAGCUGACACCAAAGUUAAUUAUAUUGGAUAAUGCUAGAUUGACUUUAUCAAUUUUUGACGUAUAUAAAGUUUGGUUUCAAAAUAAUAAUUACUUGUUCAAAAAAAAAUUCUCAUUUAAAUCCAUACAAAAUUAUGACUUGAAUACAACAUAUAUAUAUAUAUUACAAUUUUAACCUCCACAAACUCGGCUGUGUAUGAAUGAAAAAUGAGUGAGAGAUAGGAAUGUUGUCAGAGACUGAAUUUGAAUACAUCUUUUCAUUGUUAUCAUUAUUUCAUUUAUAAUGUGGAUAGUUCAAUUAAAUUAGAACAUUUGAAAUAACUGAAAGUAAUAACAAAUUUUAUGGUCACAGUUCAAAAUUGCCUUUUUAUUUAUUUUGUUAGAUGCCAUGAAUGUUAUAAUUUGUUCAUAUUGUGAUUUUCUUGGAAGAAUUUUAAGAGUCUAGAAACAAUUUUAUACCAACAUGUACAAAACAUGAUAGUUGGAAUAACUUGGGUGUUUAUUUUUCCCCUAAUUCAGGAAACUGCAAUUUCAAAAUCUUACAAUAGAGAUUUAUUCACAGCAAAGAUCACAUGUUUAUUUUGAUAUAGAUUUUGACCAUUGUCCAAUGUUAGUUUUCCCUGUUGUGAAUGCCUUUGGAAUUGUCUGGGUACACCAAAGUUAAGAAUGACAAACGUGUGAUGGAUAUUAUGAAUAAGACCUUGUAUUUGUAUUGUGAGAAUAAAUACAGUAUUGUAAA